AUGAAUUUGAAUACCCCAGAAGACGCAUCAGUAACAGCAGCAGCAUUGUCCUCUCACACUGCAAAUGAACAGCAACAGCAGGAAUCACCACAGCAAGCACAUCCACAGCCACAGAGGCCGUUGCCUCAGCAACAAGGCUCUUCCCGAGACCUCGCCUCACAAUCCUUCCCCCAACAGACGAAUCAACCCCGUCUCCAAAGUCAGCCCAUCCAAACCUCAUCCUCUCCUCCUCCACUUGAUGUCGUCCCUCCAGUUCAGACCUGUGCCCAAUGUGAGCUACAGAUGCAAGGGUCUUUUGUCCGUGCAUUAGGCGCGACAUACCAUUUGAACUGCUUCAAAUGUCUGGAUUGUGACCAGAUUGUUGCCUCAAAGUUCUUUCCAAUCACUGAACCGACUGGGAGACAGUAUCCGCUUUGUGAACGAGACUACUUUCGUCGUCUAGGCUUAGUCUGUCAUUCCUGUGGCGAGGCAUUGCGCGGGAGCUAUAUCACCGCACUUGACAAUAAGUAUCAUAUUGAGCAUUUUACAUGUUCCAUCUGCCCAACUGUCUUUGGACCACGCGACUCUUACUACGAACAUGAUGGCAAGGUUUAUUGCCAUUAUCAUUAUUCCAUUUACUAUGCUGUCAAGUGUGCGGGAUGUAGGACGGCCAUUUUGAAACAGUUUGUUGAGAUUAACCGUAAUAGUCAAGAUGAACAUUGGCAUCCAGAAUGUUACAUGAUUCACAAGUUUUGGAAUGUCAAAUUGUCAUUUGCGCCACAAGGCGAAGAUGAUCAAAUACAGACGCCACAAGUACAAGGGCAAAUCGAAACUGCGGAUAGUGCAGGGGGACGGCCGAGCUUAGAGCAAAAGACACCAGAGGAGCUCAAGCGUGCUCAGCAGCAAAUGGAAGAGAAGGUGCUUCAGAUCUGGACAGUACUAUCAGGAUUUGAAGAAUCUUCUGCAGGGUGCAUUUCAGAUAUGUUAGUCCACGUCUCAGAUGCCGCAUAUUAUGAUGGUGUCCAGAUGGCUGAGAAGUUUAUUCUCCAUGUCGAAAUCCUUUUUAACGCGAUCGAUGACUUGGAGGCGCAGAUGAAAGAGGUCGGUGAUCAAAGUGAUCUCGAACACGGUCGGCAGGCCAAGAUGCUUUGCAAAAAAAUCGUCAAUUUCUUUUCCUUACUCUCUUAUACUCAGGAAAGCGGCGUACGAAGGUUGGGUAUGACCCAAGAGUUGCUCUCACUCGUCACUGGAAUCGCUCAUUAUCUUAAAAUCUUGAUUAGGAUUGCAUUAACUCGUGCCUUUAAACUGGAGCGACAAUACAAUUCGACAACAGUUAUUGCUCGGUUUGUUAGUAAAUUGACAGAGCUCGGUAGUAGAGAUAAACAUCUUCAAAACAUGCAUGGUAAGGGCGCCAUGGAUGCGGAGGUGACGUCAGAUUUGUGUUUAUCAUGCAGGAUCACCAUCGAGGACGAGUGUUUUACGUUUGAUCACCAUAAUCGCUGGCAUCCCAAUUGUUUGAUUUGUUCCGGGUGCACUAAAUCCCUUGCGCCUGUUUAUCAAGAGGCUUCUUUUGAUACCCGAGGCGGCGCAGUUCUCUGCCAGCAAUGCAAGACCCCGGAUGCACAAAUCGGGUUUUCACAUGUGACAAAGCUGCAGCAAUACACCUUUCUUUUGCGAGUCGCCCUCAUCAGGCUGGAAAACCUGUUGCAUCUAAAAGAUGACGAUGGAAUGCAGGGCGCAAUAGAGUAUCGAGGACGCGAACUUCCAGCAUUAUCGCCCACAGGUGCUUUAUCGCAAGGUCUCGCGAGGAAAGAUUCACGAUCAAAGACGCAGUCACCAGAAGGGAGUCGGACAAAUGAGGCGAUUGCUUUCGGAGAUAUUAGACGCGUAAAAUCAACUCACCUUGACAGGGAUCUUUCCAAUUCUGCUCGCUUCCCUCGCAGACAGACUUUGAUUGAGCAUCAACGGAAAAAACCAGAGGACCAAGGAGGCCAGCAUGGGAAAAAUACCAUCGACCACGAUGGCAACGCACAUCUGUUGAGCGAAGCUCUUUUGGAAUUCGAGAUCAUUGAUGAGACAGAGAUCCUUAAUGAUGCCGAGGAGCGGGAACAGAUGGAUGGCCAGAAACCUAAGGCUCCAAUGACGCUUUCCAGCCUCACAGAAAAGCUUAGAAUUAAUACAUCUCUGAAGCGACCACCGAAUGGAUCCAGGGUGCCUGGAUUAGGUAAUAGGCAAGAAUCUCAGAUAUUGGCUGGUGGUCCAAGGAGUGCGGAUGGAUUGCGUCAACGAAAGAGGCAAUACUUGAGCGAGCUUUCCGCGCUUGAGCUGUUUAUUGUCCAACACAUGGCUGUAUUGACCCUGGCGCCGAUUGUUGCAGACUACUUUACACUUGAGGAGCUCUUGGAUCUCAUAGGCCAGCGCAAACCUACAUUAUGGGGCCGCUUUGUUAAGAACCUCAAGACAGAAAAGAAGAAAACAAAAGCCGAGGGAACGUUUGGCGUCCCUUUGGAGGUGUUGGUAGAGCGUAACGGUGUCGAUUCGUCACUUGGUGCAGGUCCUGGUCGCAUUCGUAUCCCUAGUUUCAUUGAUGAUAGCAUUACGGCUAUGCGCAAUAUGGACAUGUCAGUGGAGGGUGUGUUUAGAAAGAAUGGAAACAUCCGUAGACUCAAGGAGUUGAGUGAGGCCAUUGAUAAGGAUCCAGGAUCAGUGAACUUUGCUGACGAUAACCCAGUUCAAGUCGCAGCGCUCCUAAAAAAGUUUUUGCGUGAUCUGCCAGAUCCUUUGUUGACAUUUAAGCUCCAUCGUCUGUUUGUAGUAUCUCAAAAAGUGGAAGAUCCAGCAGUCCGGAGGUUGAUAUUACAUCUAGCUUGCUGCCUGCUACCAAAGGUUAACCGUGAUAGCAUGGAGGCGAUCUGCCUCUUCUUAUGCUGGGUGGCAGGAUUCUCACAUGUGGAUGAAGAGACGGGCAGCAAAAUGGAUCUCCAUAAUCUUGCUACUGUGAUCACACCAAACAUCCUCUAUUCUAAAUCCAAGGACCCUAUCAAAGAUGAAAGCUUUUUAGCAAUUGAGGCUGUAAUGGGUCUUUUGGAAAACCAAGAUGAUUUCUGUUUGGUCCCCGAGGAUCUGUCGUUAAUUUUGAAUGAUCAAGAUUUAUUGGAAUCGUCAAUGGAUUUGUCUUCAAAGGAUAUUUUGAAACGCUGUGAGAACUUGGUCCGAGCCCAGGGCAAGAAGACGAACAUUACAGCAGGGACGGGGAUGGGGCUAGGAGCAGCGGCUGCAGGGGAUUCUCAUCUGGAUUCUGUCAACGCUAAUAAUAGUGCACUUUGCGGCAACCAUGGUCAAGAUGAAGGCCAUCACCCAGGCUUGGACAUUCGUCACCAGUCUUUGCCUGUACACAAUAAUGCAAAUUCGCGUCAGCAGUCGGCUCCAUUGUUGAUCCAACAGCCACAACAUCAUCAACGCCCCCAUUAUAACAAUGGUAUACACGGCCUAUCGACAUCUAAUCCAUCUCCAUCCUCAACGUCAAUGGGGCCAAUGAGGAUACCAGAGCGGCCGCAGGCCGUAUCUGUUGGAGGAGGAAAAGGAGCGACGCCCAUGUCGUUAUAA